GUAUUUAAGAGUCCCCAUUUUCUUAAAAACAUAUCAAAACAGAAUUCAAGCUCAAGUUUUUAAUUUUUAAUUAGACUUCAGCCUAUAUUCAGAUGCUUAAGAUCCCAGAACAUCAAGUAGCUGGACACCAUGCUGGUAACGAAACUCGUGGUCCCCUAGUCGACGAUUCGGGUCAUUUUUACAAGCCUCUCCAAAGUGAUGAACGCGGACCCGCCGAAGUAAGUUUCUAUGAAAAAUUAUCUUGCAACAAACAUAUCCCAAAUCAUAUCCGUAAAUUUUUCCCUAUUUACUAUGGCACAAAAAUCAUGAAUGCAUCUGACGGGUCCGAGCAACCUCAUAUCGUGUUACAAGAUCUUGCUUCGUCUCUACAAAAUCCUACAAUUAUGGAUAUCAAAAUCGGGUCUAGAACAUGGGUCCCAGAAGCUUCAAAUGAACACAUUGCAAAAUGCUUGAAAAGAGACCUCGAAACCACAAGUGCUCAAUUAGGAUUUAGGAUAUCGGGCUUGCAAGUCUACAUUAACAAAGAGGCCGGUUUUUAUAAACCAUCUAGAGAUCUUAUUCUUAAGAGCAACGUAGACGAUGUUAGGGUGAAUUUUAGGAGAUAUGUGUCUUCUAACCUAUCUUCAGGCCCAGGUUUAGGCCCGGAUCGUGCAUUGGCAUCGGAUGUUUAUGGUGGGCCAAAUGGAAUAUUGGCCCAGUUGGUGGAGCUAAAGACAUGGUUUGAGGAUCAAACUAUUUACCACUUUUGUGCUUGUUCACUUUUAGUCAUGUUUGAAAAGAGGAUGGAUUUAGAAAGAAUGAGUUCAAAUGCACAAGUUAAGCUUAUCGAUUUUGCACAUGUGACAGAGGGUAAAGGUGUCAUUGAUCAUAAUUUUUUGGGUGGAUUAUGUUCGGUGAUUAAGUUUAUAUCAAAAGUACUUGAAGAUAUUGAAGGUAACAAAGAGCAAUAAGAUGAAGAUGACCAAUAUAUAGAGUUGCCAAUUUUGGAUGAAAUCAAAUGAAAGAGUCCAUUCUUAUGUUAUUUUCGUAUCUCUCUUACAAGAAAAUGGUAUAAGUAAUUUUGAAAGUUAUGUUAUCAUGUAUCGAAUAUAGAAUAUUUGAUAAAUACUUUAUUACUAUA